AUGAGUAGUGAUUCAUCGACUGGGAAAAGUCCUCCUAAGAAGAAAAAUGUGAAAUAUGAACAGAAAUUCGUAAAUUUGUGGUUAAAAGAUGAUGGGUUCAAAGGCUGGUUAAAGAAAAGCACUAAAGCAUUCACAAAUAUUAAACCACACGAAUUGCUCCACCCUAGCCAAACCAGAUGGUUGUCACUUAUUGAGGUAGUAAAUAGGCUUCUGGAAGAAUUACCAGCUAUAAAAUUGUAUUUUCAAGCUGCAGUUCAUGUAGAUAGAUUAUUUUCUGCGCAAUCAAUUCUCUCCAAGGCUCUCGAAACGACAACUGAAUUGUACCUGGAGUUUUUGAAAUUUGCAUUACCUAUAUUUACCGAUCUCAAUAAAGAAAUGCAAUCCGAGACUCCGAAAUUAUAUUUACUAUACGACAAAAUACUGACCGCAUACACAACUAUCUUGGAAUGCUUUGUACAAACUGAAUAUUUGAAUCUCACUGAACAAGAAAAAAAUGAAGCACAAAAUAUUUUAGACGCAAAGGGAACUAAAAUAUUAAACCUUGACUUCUCGAGUGAGCAGAAACAUUUACCGUUGCAACAUAUAUACGUUGGUAGAAUGGUGCCAAAUCUGAUCAAAAGAAAGAGAGAAAUAGGAGAACUAGAGGAAGAACAGCUGAAAAAUUUCUACUUAAAGUGUAAGGAGUUUUAUAUGGAGGCUGCAAAACAGAUAUAA